AUUUUCUACCCACUUCAAAUAGAGUAUUGGUGUCCCCCUCCUACACCUCAAGUUGUUUGCUUCUGAAUGUAAGAGCUAUUAGUACUCAAGUUAGAAGAGUAACAUGUCUUGCGAUAACAUCUUCAACGGAGAUAAGGUGCCAUUAUUAUCAGACCAUUCAUCCUCCGACAUCCAAAGUAGAAAUGGCGAUCCUCAUAUACACCAACAACAACAAAACUUGUCACAGAGGUUUUGGAUUGAAUCAAAGAAGCUAUGGCAGAUUGUGGGCCCGGCCAUCUUCAGCCGCAUCGCUUCUUAUUCCAUGUUCGUCAUCACCCUGGCAUUCGCCGGCCAUCUCGGCGAUUUGGAAUUUGCGGCCAUGUCAAUUGGCAGUAAUGUCGUCGUAGGCUUUGAUUUUGGCCUCAUGUUGGGAAUGGCUAGCGCUCUCGAGACGUUAUGCGGGCAAGCAUUCGGGGCAAAGAAGUACAACAUGCUGGGAGUAUAUCUGCAACGGUCAUGGGUGGUUCUGUUAAUAUGUUGCGUUGUGAUGAUGCCGCUGUUCAUAUACGCCACGCCGUUGCUGAAGCUUUUGGGGCAGCCCGACGACGUGUCGGAGCUUUCGGGCGUGGUGGUGAUGGCUUUCAUUCCGCUGCACUUCUGCUUCGGGUUACAUUUCCCGCUGCAGAGGUUCUUGCAGAGCCAGCUGAAGAAUUCGGUGAUUGCUUGGGUGAAUUUGGUGGCGUUCGUUGUGCAUUGUCUGGUGAGCUGGUUGAUCGUGUCUCGGUUCCGGCUCGGAGUCGUAGCCAUCGCCAUGACCUUGAACUUCUCUUGGUUCCUCAUCUUAUGUGGGAUGUUUGGCUACACCGUCUGCGGCGGAUGCCCCCUCACCUGGCCCGGUUUCUCCGUCCAAGCUUUCUCUGGUCUUUGGGAUUUCUUUAAACUCUCUGUUUCUUCCGGAGUUAUGCUCUGCUUGGAGAAUUGGUACUACAGAAUUCUGAUAGUGAUGACAGGCAACUUGAAAAAUGCUGAAGUUGCUGUCGAUGCGUUGUCCGUAUGCAUGAGCAUUAAUGGCUGGGAAAUGAUGAUUCCACUUGGAUUCUUUGCUGGAACUGGAGCUCCAUCCCGCAUUUGGUUUUUGUUUUUACGUCAGAAGGUAGGGGUGAACUGCUAGAGACGAAAGGAGCUCCAUCCCACGGCUGAUUUUUUUAUUUGGUGCGAAAGUCAAAAGCUAGAGGUUGAAGGAAUGAACGAAUAUUCAAUCCAAGGUUUCCCGUCUCCUUUAUCCCUGCUAUCCCCGUUCACAAGAAUGCACAACCACAUUAUGACUCAAUCACUUUGCUCCAGGUUGGAAAUUUGACAGUUCUUUAUACCUUUAGGACUUCAAAGUUGGAAUCAGGUCCUCACUGAGAGCAUGGAUGCCUUUCGUUCGAUGUCACUUGGUUUUUGUUUAUGUCUUGGACCCCUGCUUUUGGACUUUGUUGCUUUUGGAUAAUUAUCCUUGCAGGUUAGCAAGAAUGAGAGUAUGCUAAAUGUAGAGUUGCUGAUACUCGAGGACAUGAUUGGCUUGGAAGAGUUCACAGUAACUUAGUUUCUUGCUUGUUUGAGCAAUUUCGAUGUACUAGCUCCGUAUCUUUUACUUGAGUCUCUCUUUGGAUAUUUAGAUAUAAUGUAAUUAAAUCACUUUUUCAACAUUAAAUAUGUGAUGAUUGUGAUUUCAUUCGUUUAUUUUGGAGUUAUUGGUUGAAUUGUGAAGCUUUUCAAAAUGUGGAUUUGUGGUUACUUUUCACUCUGUAAUUUUCAUCCAUUUAAGGAUCUUGGAGCUUAACCAUAGCAAUUUCAUCAA